AAUGUUUGAUGAUCUUGAGGAUAUUGAUAUAAUUAGGGGUGAUGCUUCCUCAAUAGCAAGUUCUGAGAGGAAAAAUCUCAAUAGGAAUUUUACUGAAAGAAAGAAGGUUGGUAGAAAAAUUGAUGGGUUGAUUAGGAACACUGAUGGUUUGGAAUAUGGAGGGAUGGAGGCAGGAAGAUACUAUGAAGGUGAAAAAGGAAUGAAAUGGUUGAAGGAAUCUGGUUUGAAAUUGCCGAAACUAUCAAGAGAUGUGCUGGUCCAAUUGGAUCAUGAAAAAAAAAACAGUUUUGGAGGAGUUAGAAAUUGUGGGUUUUGUUCAUGGAGGCUAACAAGAAGCAUUGUUUAUGAAAUUCCUACCAAAAUCACGUCUUUUUAUAAAGCUUUAGAACUAAUCAGUGCAGUCUGGACUGCAAAGUCGAAAGUUCAAAGAACAAUUUCUAUAGUUGAGCAACCAAAAACUAAAAUAUUGGUAGUUAUGAAAGAUGUAAUUGAAAAUGUGAAAAAAGACUUUAAAGACAGUGGAAUUGAUGAAACAGUUUUACAUGAACUAGAACACAAUUGGCUACAAAAACUUAAAAGUUUCAAGGUUGCAUCUUGGAAUCAUAAUGAUGGAAAUGUAGGAGAGGAAACUAAUGGCAGUACAACAAAUUAUCCACCAAAUCCAAAUGAAUUUGAAACACCGCCACCAGCAGCUGCAAAUCUUCCAACUCUUGCAACAUCUACACUCAGUUCUCAUAUAAAAAAAUUCCAAUCAUAUACGACAUAUCCUGAUACAUACGAGAAAAAAAGAAGAGAUAGCAUUACUAAAAGGAAAUUGUAUGUUGAUGAAGAUGAUAUCAAUUCUGAUCUUGAUGAUUCAGAUGAGGAUGAAGGAGCUGCCGAAGGAGAAUUUCAAAAUAUCAUUUUAUGUUUAUAUGAUAAGGUGAAAUAA